AUGGCAGCCUUCUGGGGUGGAUUCCCGGCCCUGGCGCUGCUCCUUGUUGGCCUGACGGUGAUGGUCACCGCCAGAGACAUCAGGAACCGCCGUGACCUGGAGACCGCUGCCUCGCAUCAUCACCAUCACCAUCAUGAGAAAGGAGGCGGCGACGAGCAUCACGAGGAUCAUCACGAACAUCACGGAGAGAAGGGAGAAAAGGGGUACAAGGGCCACCAUGAGCACGAUAAGGGACAUAAGGGGCACCACGACAAGGAGCAUCAUCAUGGGCAUCACGAGGAACACGGCGGGCACAAGAAGCAUCAUCACCACGAUGAUGGGUACCAUGAUGAACAUCACAAGGGGGAAAAGGGGGAGAAGGGACACAAGUUCCACGAGAAAGGCAGCUAUGGGAAGGGACAUCACACGAAGGGGCAUCACGAAGUCAAGAAGUUAGACGAGUACAAGAAGGAUAAGGAGUUCCAUGAUGAGCAUCAUGAUCACGGGCAUCACGAGAACCACGGAGGCCACCAUCAUGAGCAUGGACACAAGAAGGGACAUCAUCACAAGAAAGGGCAUCAUCAUCAUGGGCAUCAUGAGGAUGACCACGGACACAAGGGUCAUCAUGAGAAGGGACAUCACCACCACGAUCACAAGGGACAUAAGGGACAUGACGGACAUGAUGAGCAUCACCAUCAUCACCAUAGUCAUGGCAAGAAAGGUGGUCACGAUGAUCACAAGGAAUGGCAUUACCACCAUGGCGGCAAACAUUAA